AGAUCAAAACCCUAAAAAUAGAUUUUGUCAUCGGAUCUAUUUUGAUCCUUCCCUUUUCUGUUUUUUUUCCCUUCUCUUCCUUCCCUACUGAUGGAAUCGCUGCCGCAGCAUCAAUCCCGUUACUUUCUGCGGUCGACUUCCAAAAGGAAGUUCAUUUCCGGUAGCAGUACUUCGGCGGGUGAUGAUGAAAACCCCACCAGCUCCAAUCGGGUUGUCCAGAAGAAGAAGAAGCAGAAGGUUGUCCAAGAGAAGCAGACCUCGCCGGAGGAGGAGAAGGUGGUAGUUUUGCCUGUUGAUGAUGUCUCGAUUACUAAAGAUGCUGCAAUUGAUGAUGGCUCGAUUGAUUUGUUGCUUAAUUUUAAACGAUUUGAUAUGGUUGAAAAUUUCCCGGAUCAUCAUUUUUCUUCUUUAUCACUGAAGACGAUGCAACCACCAAAGGCAUGGGCAAAGAAGGUCCAGGACGAAUGGAACAUUCUAGAACACCAUUUACCCGAUACCAUUUUCGUUAGGGUUUGCGAAUCCAGGAUGGAUCUUUUGAGGGCGGUCAUAAUUGGAGCACAAGGAACUCCAUACCAUGAUGGCCUCUUCUUCUUUGAUGUGUUCUUCCCAAUCAAUUAUCCUUCGGUUCCGCCUCAGGUCUAUUAUUACUCUCGGGGUCAUCGUAUCAACCCUAAUUUGUACAAUGAUGGAUAUGUUUGCCUCAGCCUCCUUAACACUUGGAGAGGUAGUGCCAAGGAAAGGUGGAUUCCCAAUGAAUCAACCGUCCUCCAAGUUUUGGUAUCUAUUCAGGGGCUUGUUUUGAAUGCGAAUCCGUAUUUCAACGAGCCUGCUUAUGCUGGCCAGAGCGGCUCCCCGUACUCAAAGUCAGUCUCAAUGCAAUACAGUGAGGAUGCUUUGAUCUUGUCCCUGAAAACCAUGGUCUGCAGCAUUAAGAAUCCACCUCAUCAUUUUGAAGAGCUGGUGGCCGGGCAUUUUUCGAGGCGUGGUCGGGAUAUUCUGGUGGCAUGUAAGUCCUAUAUUGAUGAUGGAGCUCAGGUUGGUUGUCUUGUGAAAGGGGUAGUUCAAGAUGCUGGAAAUGAUGUCACAAAAUGCUCGGAUAGUUUUAGGAAUCAGCUGGCUGGGUACAUUACCACAAUUGUGGAAGCAUUUAAAACCGUCAAUGUGAAGGAUUGUGAUGAGUUUCUUUCUUUAGCUAAGAAGACAGUGAUUCCAGAGAAGAUUACUCCCUUAAAGAAGGAAGUGAUUGCAGAGAAGGUUCUUUCUUUAGAUGAUCAGAAGGCAGCUUCUUCGGGGAAGAAGUCGGCUCCUAAGAUGAGCACUAAGAAAAAAGGGAAGAUUGCUCCAAAAAAGGAUACUCCGAAGAAAAAAGAGAAGACUGCUCUGGCUCAGAAGGCAAAAACUUCAGGGAAGAAAUCGGCUACAAAGAAGAGCACUAUCACUCCGAAGAAAAAAGGGAAGAUUGCUCCAAAGAAGGAUACUAGUCCGAAGAAGAAAGGGAAGACUACUCCUAAGAAGAGCACUUUGAAGAAAGAGUGA